AUGGCCUGGCUCGCGGCCUCCUUGGCCGCCCUUGCGCUCGCCUACAUCACCUCCCAGCUCUACAGCUACCAGCGCCUUCGACACAUCAAGGGUCCUGCGCUGGCGUCGUGGACCAAUUUCUGGCUCGUCUACGCUCAGCUCACUGGCCGAAUCCACACCAUCCUCCAUGAGCUCGUCUCCAAGCACGGUCCCAUCGUUAGAAUCGCCCCGGACUGGGUGGUCUGCGGCGACCCGACCGAGAUACGCAGGAUAUGGGGUGCGCGAUCGCGCUGGACCCGGGCGUGGUGGUAUCGCGGUAUGCGCAUCGACCCCUACCAGGACAGCUCCUUUUCCACGCGCGACGACGCGCUGCACACCGCGAUUCGCAGCAAGCUCGUGCCCGGCUACAGCGGCAAGGAGGUCGACAACCUGCACGAGCUCGUCCAGGACCAAGUGCAGAGCCUGGUGCGCCUCCUCGACAAGCACGUCUCCGACGGCGGCGCCUCCGGCUCGCGCGUCGUCGACAUGGCGCAGAAAAUCCAGUACUUUGCGCUCGACACCAUCUCCUCGCUCGCCUUUGACGCCCCGUUCGGCUUCAUGGAGAGCGACGAGGACAGGUUUCGCUACAUCGAGACGACCGGCAACACCGUCUACAUCCUCGUCGCCACCGCGCUCAUCCCCGGCGUCAUCCGCCUGAUCCAGUCGCCGUACCUCCAGUGGGCCGCGCCCAAGAUUAAGGACAUGGCCGGCAUCGGCGAUGUCAUCAAGACCGCCGAGCGUGUCGUCGCGGAGCGCUACGGCGCGGACCCGCUCGUCAAGCGCGACAUGCUCGGCUCCUUCGUCAAGCACGGCUUCUCGCAAAAGGACGCCGAGACCGAGGCGCUCAUCCAGAUCAUCGCCGGCUCCGAGACGACUGCCACGGCCAUCCAGGCCACCAUCCUGCACGUCAUCACCUCGCCCCGCGUCUACGCCCGCCUGCAGGCCGAGAUCGACGCCGCCGAGGCCGAGGGCCGCGUGUCCAGGCCGGUCACCAACGCCGAGGCCCAAUCGCUCGAGUACCUGCAGGCCGUCAUCCUCGAGGGCCUCCGUGUGUUCCCGCCCGCCGCCGCGCUGUACCCCAAGGUCUGUGACGCGGACGAGGUCGUCUGCGGCGUCCCGGUCCCCGCGGGCACCAACGUGGCAUGGUCCCCGUGGAGCAUCAUGCGCGACAGGGACGUCUUUGGCGAGGACGCCGACCUCUUCCGGCCCGAGCGCUGGCUGGGCGCGUCCAGGACCAAGACCAUGGAGCAGACGGUCAUGAUGGCGUUUGCGUCGGGGAGUCGGUGGGAGUGCCUCGGCAAGAACAUUGCCCAGCUGGAACUAAAUCUAGUUUUCGUCGAGUUAUUCCGAAGGUUCGAGUUCACUCUGGUGAAUCCUGCGAUGCCGUGGAAAUCGUUCAACGCUGGCAUGUUUUCCCAAACCGAUCUAAACAUUUCCGUCACACGGAGAACCGCUGCAUAA